GUAGAGAGUCCCCGUCUGUCAGCUGGAGAAGUGUGUGAGUGUGUGUGUGUGUGUGUGUGUGUGUGGAUGUGUAUCAAAGUGAGUGGAUGCUUUUGUUACAAAGAGGCGGACAGAAACCGGAGAGCUCAACUGUUCUCUGACUGGACUUGCAUCUGUUUUUAACCCUCUGCAGGACCGUGGGGGUCUCCAGCUGAGUUGCCGGGCGGCUUUUUGUUUCUUCUCGCAGCUGGACGGCUGACAGUUUGGACAGCGGACGUGAAGAAAGGGAUCGUUGCCGGCUGAUAUACCGGACCUGGUUUUGGAUAAAGAGCUCCUGUUGGCUGCACUGUGGCUGACCGCUGACCCCGAUCCGCAGCCAGAGCCCCUUCUGGGUCAGUACUGAGCUAAUAGAGCUGGUCUGGCCGGGCCUGAUGUGGAAUUUGACCCCGACUCAGGAUAAAAGAGCAAGAGGGGUGACGGAGAAGAAAGGAGGAAGAGAAGUGAGAGCAGCAGCACAGCGACUGCUCCUCCAGUAUGCCGGUGGAGACCCUGCGGCCCUCAGACGGCCGUCUGGCCGGGGCCCCCUUCACCUCUGCCAUGCCCUUCAGGAUACUUAACAAGGGUCCGGACUACUUUCGCCGCCAGGCUGAGCCUGGGGCCCGUAAACUGAGCGCUGUCGAGCGCCUGGAGGCCGACAAGGCCAAAUACGUGAAGAGCCAGCAGGUGGCCCUCACCCGCCAGGCCCCCAUCAAACCACCAAUCAUCCGCAAGCCGCUCAUCCCUACAGGGAUGAUGCUCCAGUACCAGAUCAGCACUCCUCCGGCGCGGAAAGUCCCCCGCUGCCCCGCGGAUGUGGAGAAUGGUGGAGGUAGAGAGGGACCGGGCUGGAAAAGAGGACCUGCUCUGAACUUGGAUAUUCUGAAUAAUCUUAUCAAUGAUGUAUGUGAUGGACCGAUGCCCUGUUCCCAGUCCUCCUCCUCCACCUCCCCCUCCUCCUCCUCCCCUUCAUCAGGAGCUAAGAGCAUCAGCAGCAGCCUGUCAGCAGAACAAGAGCGGAGCAACCGACCUCUCAACAACCUCAAGCCGGUGAAUCACUGCACCGUCAUUUCCUCCUCCACUUCCUCCUGCACUUCCUCUCCACUCAACAACAACCUCCGGCCCCCUGCAGUAGAACUCACCCGCCGGCCGCCCCCUGUCCCGGCACGAGUCCCCCGCAUUGGGGUCCCAGCUCCGUACAGCUCCCCGAACUUGGUGACGGUGCGCAGGGUGGACGUCCGGCCCCAGGUGGAGAUCAAGAAGCCUCAGAGGGCGCUGCUGCUGCUCAGACCCAGACAGACUGCACAGGGUCAGGUGGCACACCCCCAGGUCCCUCCCCCACCACCUCCCUCUCAGAACCCCCUGCUCACCACCACCCCCUCCAAAGCACUCCCCUCCCCUCCAGUCUACCUGCCUCCCAGUCCCAUGCUGGCGCGAGCAGGCAUGAUCCCCCCCGCCUCUCCCGCUUUCACCCGGAUAUCAAACGCCAGCUCCAGAGGCUCCGCCCGUAAGCACCCGUCCCUGCACCGCUCCAAGUCGGACCUGAGCGACCGGUACUCCCGCGCCACGGCCGACCUGGAGCGCUUCUUUAACUACUGCGGGCUGGAACCGGUGGAGGUGGAGGGCAUGGGGGGGGUGGAGCGCUUCACCAGAGCUAAUUCAGACAUUGUGUCCGUCUCCAAGCUCCGCAGCGUCAGCACGCCCAGCUCGGAGUGCGGGGAGGAGAUGCUGCGGACCAGGGAGGAAGCGGACGAGGAGGACAGCACUGCCAAAGCCAACGAGAGGGCCCCCUACGGCAUCUCCGUCAUCGAGAGGAACGCCAGAGUCAUAAAGUGGCUGUACGGCAUCCGUCAGGCGCGGGACACAAACAACGCCGUCUCUAACGUAUAGACUACGAAAGACUUGGAUGGAGUUGAAAUAAUAACUUUUUGUAUGUACACAUACGUCUGAAGAAGGGAAAGCCCAUCUUCUGCUGCCUUACAUCACAUUUAGGACCAUCCAGUAGUGUUUUGUUCCGUUUCCUGUGAAGGCUCACACUUGUUUUGGACACACAUCAGUGUUGGGGUGCAGGUCAGGACUGCUUCCCUGCAGCACGACACAGACAAUACUUUGACUUCUACUAUCGGUAUACGAAAGCAAUAAUAGACUGGUGUAAAUGAUGAUGAUGAUGGUGAGGAUGAAGGCAGAGGAUGUUUGUGGUUCCUAAUGUAAAGGUACUGUGUGUGUCACGUUGAUACUGUGAAAGUUUACAUAAAAAGCUUCCAUAAAACACAUUUGUAUUUUCAAAACAA